GCUGUGAGUCACCUAGUAAUAUAAAGGGCGGGUCAUAGAGUGCAGGGACCUUAAAAAGAGCCACAGAGGAGGGGAGGAUAACAACAGGAAGCAGUUCAGCACUGAACAAAAGAAGGAACAAAUUCAGAGACAUAUAGAACAGAAAAUCAGGCUCAGAGCAAAGGGAAGUGGCCAGGGGUUCCACAAGGACUGGUGCAAGGCAGAGAAUCAACCAGAUCUGAGUAGCAGGCAACAAGAAGAUGGGAAGCAAAGCUGUGCUGCUGCUGUUGUUGCUGACACUGCUGCCAUGGACCUCUCAGGGCCGGGUGGUGCCUGGGGACAGCCCUGCCUGGGGGCAGUGCCAGCAACUCUCACAGAAGCUCUGCACACUGGCCUGGAGUGCACACUCACCAAUGGAACAUGUGGAUCUACCUAGAGAAGAGGGAGAUGAUGAGACUGCAGAUGAUGUCCCUCAUAUCCAGUGUGGGGAUGGCUGUGAUCCUCAAGGACUCAAAGACAACAGUCAGUACUGUUUGCAGAGGAUCCACCAGGGCCUGGUUUUUUAUGAGAAGCUGCUGGGCUCAGACAUCUUCACUGGGGAGCCUUCUCUGCUCCCUAAUGGCCCAGUGGAGCAACUUCAUGCCUCCCUACUAGGCCUCAGGCAACUCUUGCAGACUAAUGGCCGCCCUGGGGAGACUGAGCAGACUCCAAGCCCCAGUCCCAGCCAGCCAUGGCAGCGUCUCCUUCUCCGCUUCAAGAUCCUUCGCAGCCUCCAGGCUUUUGUGGCUGUAGCUGCCCGGGUCUUUGCCCAUGGAGCAGCAACCCUAAGCCCCUAGAGCCAACAGCUAAGGCUGGCACCCAAAUGACCAUGACUUAGCUGGCUAAAAUGAAUCCGUCAGCACAGGUUGAAUUAGCUCAUCAACUCUAAUGGGACUUGUAUUACUUGAAUAGUUGCCAGUACUAAUUUAUACUGUCCUAUGACAAAGUUUAAUAUUUAUUAGGUGAGAAGGGAAAAUUGGGAUUAUUUAUCCUCAAGGUGGCAGUUGGGGGAGGAGGAUUAUUUAUUAUAUUUAUAUUGACCUAUAUGCUUCCCCCCCCCCCCUUCAAUAAAGU